UCACGGCGGCCACACGGAAUAAGUGGUCGGCGGCGGCACGGCCGGCGCGAGCAGAGAGUAAAGGAAGAAGGACGGAGGAAGGGGAUAAGGGAACACGAUCUUGGUGGCCGAUGAAACAGGGGAGAGGAAAGAGAUCGCGCGUAUCCACCGCGGUCGUCGCACUCAGUCUAGAUUUUGGGGAUGAAUGCGAGCUCGCCAGCGAUGCGACUCGCCGAGAAAGGAAAGUGGGAGAGGGAUUUGCGGAUCCUUGCCUACCCUACCUUCACGUCGCGGCAAUAAAGGGAAACGGCAAGAAAGGGAAAGCCAGUGGCUCCGGGCUGGCUGGCUCGAAAAGGGAGGAGAUCCCGAUGCCGACUUCUUGGCUGGCAGGGUCGAGGAUGGAAACCUCAGCCGGAUUUGGAAAUGCUCGCUGGCAAACCAAGAUGGAAGGCGGAGGGAAUUUCUAAACCUCUGUUUUUUUCUUAUUAUUUUUUUCGCCGGGCAUUACAGUUUUAGAGAUAUAAAGGUAGAGAGGGAGAGGGAGAGGAACGGAGGUGAGAUCCCAUUGCAUUUCGAUCCAUCUCCAUUUCCGGCCCUGGCCUAAUGGUUUCGUCGGCGACGAAGAACGACAAGGAGAAGUCGCUCGACGACUGGCUCCCGAUCACAUCGGACCGGAAUGCGAAAUGGUGGUACUCUGCCUUUCACAAUGUCACGGCGAUGGUCGGCGCCGGCGUUCUCAGCUUGCCAUAUGCCAUGGCACAUCUUGGAUGGGGCCCUGGUGUGGUUGUGCUUGUUUUGUCAUGGGUCAUAACCUUGUACACCCUCUGGCAAAUGGUGGAGAUGCAUGAGAUGGUGCCUGGGAAACGAUUCGAUCGGUACCAUGAGCUUGGGCAGCAUGCAUUUGGAGAGAAACUUGGCCUCUGGAUUGUGGUUCCCCAGCAGCUGGUGGUGGAGGUCGGCACUUGCAUCGUUUACAUGGUCACCGGUGGAAAAUCCCUGGAGAAAUUCCAUAAUGUUGUAUGCCCUGGCUGCAAAUCCAUCAAGCUAAGCUAUUUCAUUAUGAUCUUUGCCUCCGUGCACUUUGUUCUCUCUCAGCUUCCCAACUUCAACUCCAUCUCGGGUGUCUCCUUGGCCGCUGCUGUCAUGUCCCUCAGUUACUCCACCAUUGCUUGGGGAGUUGCUGCUGAUAAGGGUCAGCAAGAAGGGGUGGACUAUGGCUACAAAGCUUCAAACACGUCAGGAGUUGUCUUUAACUUCUUUAGUGCUUUGGGAGAUGUUGCUUUUGCCUUUGCAGGGCACAACGUUGUGUUGGAGAUACAAGCAACCAUUCCUUCUACGCCUGAGAAGCCUUCGAAGAAACCCAUGUGGAAGGGUGUUAUUGUUGCUUAUAUUGUAGUUGCCCUCUGCUACUUCCCUGUUGCUUUGAUCGGAUACUGGUCUUUUGGCAACGCAGUCGACGACAACAUUCUCAUUACACUGGAGAGGCCGAGGUGGCUGAUUGCAGCUGCGAACAUGUUUGUUGUGAUUCAUGUUAUCGGAGGCUAUCAGAUUUAUGCCAUGCCUGUGUUUGACAUGAUAGAAACGGUGCUCGUGAAGAAACUUCAUUUCUCCCCUGGCAUUGCUCUGCGUUUGAUUGCUCGAAGUCUGUUUGUUGUUCUUACAAUGUUCAUUGGUAUAUGCAUCCCUUUCUUUGGUGGGUUACUUGGAUUCUUUGGAGGCUUUGCAUUGGCUCCGACAACUUACUAUCUUCCAUGCAUCAUGUGGCUGGCCAUCUACAAGCCUAGAAGGUUCAGCUUAUCUUGGAUCACAAACUGGAUCUGCAUUAUUCUUGGAGUCAUGUUGAUGAUUUUAGCACCAAUUGGAGGACUAAGGACCAUCAUACUUAAUGCCAAGAAUUACCGGUUCUUCUCAUGACCUUGCUGAUCAAAAAUAUCAGUUUGUCAUGUAAAUGGGAUCGCUGAAGUUGGAUGAUAGUGUCGACAUGCUGAAAUGAACUUUAUACUCAUAUUGCAGAGAGUCUGGUAAUCUAUUUGUUCAGAGAAAAUCUUGUCUGCAUGAGGCCAAGGGUGGAGGAUUUCCCAGUGACAACCUCAAUUAUACAUAUAUUGUCAUCUUCAUUCUCUUGUUCAAAUUAUUCUCUGUGCCGAAUUUGCUAACAUUUCAAUGUACACGCUAAUAAAUAUUAAGUUCGUGCGCUUUUCGAUCUUUUUCUGUUAAA